AUGUCUUCUCUCCAUGUUUUACCGGUGCUUGCAAAAAAAGCAGAGGUUACUUCAGAACUUUUAAAGCAAGAUUCACAAAGAAAUGUUAUUACCAAAGAAUAUAAAAAAAAAGAUAUAAUGGAUAAUUUAGAAAAAGAAAAAGUUUCAGUUGAAUCUUGGCCUAAAAAGCCAGUUUUUGUUUCUGUAGAUGAAAUGACAUCUAAAGAUUAUUAUUUUGAUUCAUAUGCACAUUUUGGCAUUCAUGAAGAAAUGUUAAAAGAUGAAGUUAGGACGCUUACUUAUAGAAACUCUAUGUAUCAUAAUAAACACCUUUUUCAAGGUAAAACUGUCAUAGACAUUGGUUGUGGUACUGGAAUAUUAUCAAUGUUUGCAGCCAAAGCUGGAGCUGCGAGGGUUUUUGGAAUUGAAUGCUCGAAUAUAGUAGAAUAUGCUAAAGAAAUAGUAGAAAUUAAUAAGUUAGAUCACAUAAUUACUAUAAUAAAAGGCAAAGUUGAAGAGGUUGAAUUACCCGAUGGUAUUGAAAAAGUUGAUAUUAUUAUCUCAGAAUGGAUGGGUUAUUGCCUUUUCUACGAAAGUAUGCUCGAUACCGUUUUGUAUGCCAGAGACAAAUGGUUGAAACAAGAUGGAAUGUUGUUUCCAGAUCGAGCCACACUAUUCGUAAUAGGGAUCGAAGACAGACAGUAUAAGGAUGAAAAAAUAAAUUGGUGGGAUGAUGUUUAUGGUUUUGAUAUGUCUCCCAUAAGAAAGGUUGCCAUAAGCGAACCACUUGUUGAUGUAGUCGAUCCGAAACAAGUUGUUACAAAUGCUUCAUUAUUGAAAGAGGUUAAUUUGUACACUGUUACGAAAGAAGACUUAGAAUUUACAUCUCAGUUUCAUUUGGAAGCUCGACGUAACGAUUACAUUCAAGCCCUGGUUACUUUUUUUAAUAUUGAAUUUACAAAGUGUCACAAAAGAAUCGGAUUUAGUACCGCACCCGAAGCUCCUUACACGCAUUGGAAACAAACAGUUUUUUAUUUCAAUAAUUACGUAACUGUUAAAAAAAAGGAAGAAAUAACGGGCGUGUUUUCGAUGAAACCAAACGCAAGGAACAACAGAGAUUUAGAUUUUACUAUUACGUUAAAUUUCUCCGGAGAUUUGUGCCAAGUUCACGAGACUAAUCAAUACAGAAUGCGUUAG